AUGGCAGGGCAGAGAGAGGAGAAAUGCGUUGAUUGUCAACCAGACCCUUGCCACUCCUCAACCUCAAUCGCAGCACCAACAUCGUCCCUCACCGUAGCGAAAAAGGAACAAGGCCCGAAGAAAGAAGAUGUGCUAGAUCCAACAACCUUCGUCGCUCCAAUCGAUCUAUCCGCUGCAAGUGCGGGAAUGGCCAAGCCGUUGGUUAUUAUUGAGUACUGCCAACGAUGCAAAUUCGGCCUUCGAGCAAACUGGAUUCAACAAGAACUACUCUCAACUUUCGCCCCCACCAUUACCACCAUCGAUAGUGCUGGCAUAGGCUCGAUUAUGUUAAUCCCCAAGAUCGACGAUGAAUCUUCUGGUCGAUUUCGAAUCUACCUUCUCCCUUCCUCCUUGUCCUCUGCAGACCUGGAAGCGGAAGAGGGUGGAACGGUGUACUCAGGAGGAUUGCGGCUGGUAUGGGAUCGAAAGACUCAAGGUGGAUUUCCAGAAAUGAAAGUGCUUAAGCAGAGGGUUAGAGAUCUCAUCAAUCCGCACUUUGGUUUGGGACACAGUGAUAGAAAGUAA